GUUAACAUCUAUACAUACUCUGCUCUCUCCUUUACGUUUUUAGAUCGAGAAUAAAUAACUGUAUGAAAUAACGGCAAAAGCUCCUCUCGUCAAGAUCCUUUUAUUUUGGACUCCUUUAACAUCCUGAUGUCAAACAUGCAUGGUCUGUUUUCAUCUGACACAUCAUAUUGCAAAACCGGCACCAGAUUUGUGAAAAAGCUCGGGUUAUCUUGAUCAGCUUCAUACCAGCCGGGAACGCUGUACUAAUUUUCUCCAGUGAAGUGGUGUUGCAGCGUGUCACCGGUACCCCUAAAACGCCACCAACUUCGUGUCGUCAGACGUUCAGCUACCAUCAUGAGAACUCGGCUAAGGAUUUCGAUGGGAUCGCAUGGUGGAUCACUGUUCCGGCUACUGGCCCUAGUGACUGUCUUCUUGUCUUCUUGUGUGUGUCUUGUUGCUACUUGUAAUAUAGACGAUAUGACGGAUGACCUGAUUAAGUACACAGGAGAUCCAGGUAGCUACUUUGGUUACACCACGGUGCAACAUACAAACGCGGCCACCACGCCAUGGAUUUUAGUCGGUGCCCCCAGAGGCAGAAGUGCACAUCAGCCUUCGUUGGAACGCCCAGGUGCCCUCUGGAAGUGUCGUUCUAAUUCCCCUUACAUUUGUGACCAGAUACUCCUUGACUCUACAGGAAAUCAGGAUUUUCCUGCCGAGAAGAUAGUUGACGUUAAAGACAAUCAAUGGCUGGGUGUAACCCUGGCAAGACAAACCAAUAGGGACAAGAAUGGUGACGUCUCGGUGUGUGGUCAUCUAUGGUCCAAUGAUUACUACAUCAACGAGGAUCCCACGUCAGAGAACGAGGGAGUUGACCGAUUCCCGAAUGGGAUAUGCUACGUGGCUGACGCCAACUUCGAACAAGUCAAGAAACUACGACCAUGCGUUGAUGAGAUACAAACUUUAGUGAAUGGGACAUACAGGUACCAGGGUAGCUGCCAGGCGGGUAUCAGCGCCGCCUACACCAAGGAUGGAGACCUUAUGCUAGGGGCUGUUGGCUCGUAUGAAUGGGCCGGUACCACAAUAAAGGCAGAUAAGAACGGGGACACAUAUCGGUACACUUUCGGGAACCUCUCGGACUGGAACAUGAUGGGCGAAAAACACCAAACGGAAUACAUAGGUUACUCGGUGUCAUCUGGGAACUUCAGAUCGGUCGACACGGAGCAGGGCGUCACGGGGGCGCCACGGUCAGAUUCAGUCGGGAAGGUUUUUAUUUACAAUCUGGAGACGUUUGAGAUGUACACUCAGCUCAGAGGCGAGCAGAUGGGCUCCUACUACGGUGGUGCCGUUUUAGGGGUAGACUUCAACAAUGAUGGAUUGUCAGAUCUUCUUGUGGGGGCGCCCUUGUAUACCGUCAAACAAGACGAAGGACUUGUAUACGUCUACAUAAACAAAGGAGCGGGAAGGAUGGAACUCCAGGAUUUUAAGCUGGAGGGCACCAGGGCCAUCGGAGGUCGCUUCGGCUCAGCCAUAGCAUUCAUUGGAGACAUUAAUUUGGAUGGUUUUAAUGAUGUCGCUAUUGGGGCACCGUACGAAGACGAAAAUACCGGCGCAGUGUACAUUUACAGAGGCUAUAUUGGAGGAAUCCAAAGAACAUAUUCACAGAGAAUCGCCGCAAGAGCCCUGGCAAACCUACCUGGCCUUCAAAGUUUCGGCAGUUCUAUUUCCGGAGGGAUGGAUAUCGACUUUAAUGAAUAUCCGGAUAUUAUUGUUGGCGCCUAUGCAAAUGACACAGUCGUAUUGUUCAAGACCCUUCCGGUCAUCAGGCUUAAGGCUUGGAUUGCAGUUGACCCCUUGACCCUUGACCCUGAGUUCCUCAACUGCAUACUUAGGAAUCGAUCGAUCACGUGUCUAGAUGUUGAAGUCUGUUUUGAAUACACCGAUGAACAUGGUUUGCCGGAAGACGUCAAAUUUGACUAUAAUCUUGAGGUGGACACACUGAAGUCUGAUAUUGGAGCCGCGUCCAGGUUCUUCUUUAUGACGGACGGAGGGAGCGAAGCAACAUCCAUAGCAGACACAGUUGAGCUCAAGAAAGACGUGCGUUCUUGUUACCUUACAAAGGCCUACUUAAGGGGUGAAGCUGGUGAUUUCCUGACUCCGCUAAAGUUUCUUCUGAACUAUAACGUCUUCGACUACCAACCCCAGGGUCCACUGCGCGGUGAUGAAGUCUACAGAUUCAAAGGUAAUCUACCACCUGUAUAUGACGCCUGCUCCAAUGGAACUGCAGAAAAAAUGGUUUUAUUCGUUGGUGAUUGCGGGAGUGACUCCAUUUGCCAAACUAACAUUAAAGUCGUGGCCGACCUCGAAGCACAAAGCGGUAACCCGUACAUCACUCUCGGAGGUGACAGCGUGGUGUACCUGUUGGUGGAAGUCCACAACCAGGGGGAGGAAGCACACAACUCGGAACUGCUCAUCACCCAUCCAAGAGAAGUGGUUUACGAGUCAUUGGAAACUACAACAGUCGAGUGUCUACAGUCGAGUACCUGUACUCCUGACAAUACGAUAACCUGUGCACCAAGAGAGGCAUACAACGAGACAGCGGAAGUGCUUUGCUUUGUGGGUAAUCCUAUGAGAUCUAACACAGUGAGUAUUCUGCGCAUGCGGUUCGAUGUCGGUGGAAUAGCCUUGGGGCGAAAAGUGGUGGAUUUAUCCAUAGCAGCCUCGACCAUCAGCGUCGAAGAGGGCGCUAACGGUCUACGUGACAACACCGUGACAGUGAAACUGCCUGUCCUAAUCGUCGCGGAUAUAGCAGUCAGAGGAGUGGUGCAACCAGAGCAAAUCUUUUAUUCCCCGGACAACGAGACAGUUGACGGCAAGGCACCAGACAAGGAGGCCCUCUUGCGGCAAGCCCUUGUAGGAGCGGGUUUUUUAGACGGCGACGGCAAGUCAAACAUGAAAGGGAUUGGACCAACUUUUACACACAUAUACGAGGUUGGUAACCAAGGGCCUGGUCGUCUACCGUUUGAUGGGAAGGUUACCAUUCAGUUACCAUGGAGAGCAAACAACGGUGAUUGGUUGAUUUACUUCAAGAGCAUUCAGAUGAACGGUGGAGGCAAGUGUGAUGGUGCGUCAGUACUAGAACAGCAGAGAUUUGAAAUAAUGGACCAUUAUUUAGAUUCAGCCGGUAUGCUGGCGUAUUCAAACGAUGGACUAGCUUUAGAUGAUUCUUCAAAUCAAGAUUUUGAUUGCGACAGAGCUCAGUGCGUCACUGUUACAUGCACAGUCGAAGGCCCUAUGAACAGCAGAGCUGGAGUUGUUGUCACCGCGGAUGCGUUGCUGUGGCAACGUACACUAAUUGAUAAUGAGAUGGGAAUCGUUGAUCUGAUUUCGACGGCAAUAUUUGAACUGCAGGAUACCAGCCGACCCCACACGCAACCUGAUGAUGGGAUGCCGGAUACCAUUCAGUUGAAGACAACGAUUUUUACCGACGAGGUUCUGAAUAAGCCCGUGGAGCCUUGGGUCAUUGCCGUCAGUACCAUCGGAGGCAUACUGGGGCUGGUGAUGUUAGUAGCAGCUCUAUGGAAGGUUGGUUUCUUCGAGAGAAAGACAGUGGAUGAUAUUAUCAAAUCGGGUGCCCCUUGAGGUGGUUUUUCAGUUUGGACACAAGAAAUCUUCGAACUCUUAAAAAAACAAACACAGCAUAGAUCGAGGUUUAGCGUUCAAAAUUCCAACCUAUUGCACCACGUGCAAAAAACUCAAAUUCAAACUUCACAGAACCCACGUGCGAUGUGUUAAAACUGCUCAUAGUGCGAUCGGAUGCUGAUAAUUGUUUAGUAUUGCUCCUAAACUCCCUCACUUUGUGCAAUCAUGGGCUUCUCGUGUAAAUACAAAAAGGGACCAGUCUAUUUGUUUCUUUCCAGCCUCGGUUUGGUUAUAGAGAGUUGGUAAAAAAGAGGUCUACACAGCUGUAAAAUUGUCAGUCUUCUUCCUUUUGUUCACUUUUACUUAUGCUUUGCAUCUUGUAUCCUAGACCCCUGCAUAAACCGCCAAAUUCUUAGUCCAAUCAGAGAAACGUCAAGCAUGCAUGUAACAAACUCUCCGUCAAUGAUAGUCUUCCUUUUAUAUACCUAAUGAGGGCUCUACUUGAGCUUUUGACGUCAUAAGCAAUGGGGGUAUACGUGUUUUGUGAAUCGUUUAUUGGCUAAUUACACGAAUGACGUCAAAAUUAUGUAAAUACUUGCCGCUUAAUUUAUAUAUAUUGCUGCAUUUACUCGGUUAGAUAGAAGCUACUGGUUCCCAAAUAUGACAGUAGAAUUAUACCAAAACUAACAUUAUAAUGGGGUGUACACAUUAUACGCUGUUUUCUUUUAUACUGCUGUUGUUAUUAUUUUGUAUGCGUAUAUAAAAUGCAUUAAAAGCUGUAUAUUUUGCAUGAGAUUUGAAAAUAGGAGUACAAUGGAUUUACACAGAAACAGUUUAAUGUAGAGCAGUCUUCUGGAACAGCUGUCAGAGGAAAUGUGAUCAAUUGACACCUUGUUAAAGGAACAUUACAUAAUUGUUUUUUGCUAACAAAACAUGGCUGGCAGUGUAAGUACUUUAUGUAAUCAAC